AUUCCAGGUCAACGUGAUUUUCCAUGUUGCAGCGACGGUACGUUUCGACGAGAAGCUGAAGAUGGCGGUGGCGAUCAACAUCCGCGCCCCCCAAGACAUCCUCAGGCUCGCCCGCCAGAUGCCCAACUUGAAGUCCAUGAUGCACGUCUCCACGGCCUUCUCCAACUGCAUCAACCACGUGGUGGAGGAGAGGAUCUACCCCGCUCCAUUCGGCUACAAGGAGCUGAUCCUGAUGACGGAGAAGCUGCCGGAUAAGGUCCUGGAGGACAUAACGCCCAGGAUUUUGGACAGUUACCCUAACACUUACGCCUACACAAAACAAGUAGCAGAAGACGUAGUGCGACAAGAAGGUUACGGCUUACCAGUUGGCAUCAUGAGACCCUCCAUAGUGGUGUCUACGUACAAAGACCCCCUACCGUCGUGGAUCAACAACAUGUACGGCGCUACUGGCGUGGCGGCGGGGGCCGGGGUGGGACUUCUAAGGGCUCUGCACUGCGAUCCCUACUGCAACGCCAACAUAGUCCCCGUGGACAUGUGCGUCAAUUCCUUGAUAGCGGCGGCUUGGGAGGUGUCCGCCACAUUCGAGAAAUCGAAAAAGGACCGGUGUGACUUUUCCCCACCGGUCUACCACUACGAAAGCAGCAACGAGAAGCCCAUCAACUGGAACGACUUCAUGGAGGCUUCGAGGAAAUACGGGAUGCUCAACCCCAGCGCCAGGGCCGUAUGGUACUACAGCUUCUCGCUGUACAAAUCGUACCUGUCGUACCUGUUCGCCAUCUUCUUCUUGCACGUGAUUCCCGCUCUUAUUGUAGAUGGCGCCCUACUUUGCAUGGGAAAAUCUCCACGAAUGACGAAGAUGUACACCAAAAUCCACAAGUUCUCCACAGUAAUCUCCUACUUCUCAACCAGGCAGUGGGUGUUCAGAUCCGGGAACGUUCAGAGACUCAUAGGGAAGAUGUCGGAGAAAGACAAGAAGAUAUUCUUCUGCGACUUGAAGGAUCUGGACUGGGAUAUUUUCUUCCAGACUUACUUGCGGGGUGUUAGGGUGUACCUUAUGCAGGAUCCCAUGGAUUCUCUGCCGGAAGCAAAGAAGAAAUGGAACAGGCUCUAUUGGGCCCACCAAACUACCAAGGCCGUAGCAGGAUUCCUGCUAUUCCGGAUAUUAUGGUCGUUGUUGUCCUUCCUUUAUCGUAUUAUUCUUUAAUUCUAGCUGUUGUGUUGUCCUUGUAAAUAUUCCUAACAUAAUUAUUAUUCAUAGGAUUUAAUAUAAUUUAGUAAUGAUAUAAUUUAUUUUAUCGAGUCUUAUGUUGUUUAAGUGAAAUGUAAUAAAUUAUUGUUUUUUUUAUA